ACUGACCUCGCGGAAUUUCUCAUCGGAUUCUCGACCAGCACAGCUUUGUGGGUCCAGCUUUUCAAAUCGGCACAGCAACUCUGCUGAAUGCAAAGUGGGAUUUUGUAAAAGUGAAGAAAUUUCAAGCAUCUAUGUUUCGGGGGAUGGCGAUGAAUCCUUCGAACUGAUUGCGCAUCCGGUUUUCGUAGCUCAGUUUUGAAACUUUCAUGCUUAGUGUACUGUAGUUAACCUCCAGAGGGUAUGAGUUGUGCGGCAUAGACUGAAGAUCCGUCUAUAUCUCGCGGCCACGGUGCUGAUGUGACAUGGUACUGUUGGCAUGCGUGUUAGCUUAGGUUCUACUAUACUGAUCCUCGCAUCAACCCCGGUGUCGCUUUGUGAGGAUCCUUUUGACAGGUCUGUGUUAGGUUGAGUGGAGAAGAAUCUUAGAAUUGGGGUUUGCACUGGGUGACAUUGAGGUGGGGAUUGUUCACGUGGCGAUCAUUAUCUUGGAAAUUUCGUUUAUGUUUUCAAUCGGUGGCCUCCAAAGCGUCUCGGAGGGGAGUGAUUCCUUUGCAUCUGCCGGCCUUGUGUUGUAUGACAUAGUGGGGGGAUCCUCUUCUUGGGUUCCUACUAGAGUCGAUUUUUGUUUGGUUGUUUAGUCACAGUUUUUUGAUGCAGCGCUCGAGGUGUUGCUGUUUAGGAUGUAGUUUUGGAGCUUAAGCUACUGGCCGGCUCUGGUUGGAUGAGGACUCAGAUACAUAGUUUACGACAGACAAUUCUCAUCUUGUGUAACUUAAGCAGUUAAAUUGAGCACGCUGAUCAGUUUUCUGUAGUCAUUGAAUUUUGAAAGAGAAGUUAGCAGCCAUGAAGUCCACAGAGACGGUCAUUCUGGCUUGCAUACUCUUAGGAGUUAUGUUACUCACAACCCAGUUGUUUGAGAAACCAAGGAUAAAGGUCUAUAAGCUUCAAUACGCGUGCGACCCCGAUGGCCCUGCCGAUUUGCUGUUCCCCUUCUGCAACACGUCCAUUUCGGACGACGACCGAGUGGAGGACCUGAUUUCGCGUCUCACAAUUCAAGAGAAGAUCGAGCAGCUUGUGAACACGGCGGCGAAUGUGUCGCGGCUGGGCAUUCCUCCCUACCAGUGGUGGGGAGAGGGUCUUCAUGGGGUGGCUAUUAGCCCCUCUGUGUACUUCGGGGGCGCCACCCCGGCGGCAACCAGCUUUCCGCUGCCUUGCCUGAGUGUUUGUUCCUACAACCGCACCCUGUGGAAUAAGAUCGGUCAGGUAGUCUCUACAGAGGGACGCGCAAUGUACAACCAGGGCAGGUCCGGAUUAACAUACUGGUCUCCCAACAUCAAUAUUGCUCGUGAUCCACGAUGGGGAAGGACUCAAGAAACACCUGGCGAAGAUCCUAAGCUAAGCAGUGGGUAUGCCGUUCACUUUGUGAAAGGACUGCAAGAAGGAGAUUAUGACCAAAACCAACCCCAGGCUGUCUCUCGAGGUCCUCGAAGACUCAAAAUCUCUGCUUGUUGCAAGCACUUCACUGCCCAUGACCUUGACCGAUGGAAAGAUUACGAUCGUGACCAUUUUGACUCCAAGGUAACGCAGCAAGAUUUGGAGGACACAUACAAUCCAUCAUUUAAGAGCUGUGUCAAAGAGGGGCAAUCAAGCAGUGUCAUGUGCUCUUACAACCGUUUGAACGGAAUACCUAUGUGUACCCAUUAUGAACUCCUCACAUUGACAGUUCGCAACCAAUGGGGUUUUGAUGGGUACAUUGUGUCCGAUUGUGAUGCCGUUGCUCUUAUUCAUGACUAUAUAAAUUAUGCGCCUACUUCUGAAGAUGCAGUUUCCUACGUGAUGUUAGCUGGUAUGGAUCUGAAUUGUGGAAGCACAACUCUUGUGCACGGCCUGGCCGCUCUGGAUAAGAAAUUGAUUUGGGAGGGGCUCAUAGACAUGCAUCUCCGCAAUCUCUUCAGAGUCCGUAUGCGGCUUGGCAUGUUCGAUGGGAAUCCAUCUACCUUACCGUAUGGGUCACUUGGACCGGAAGAUAUGUGCACAGAGGAUAACCAGCACCUCGCACUGGAAGCUGCUAGACAAAGCUUGGUUCUGCUUAAGAAUGAGAAGAAUGCGCUCCCUUGGAAAAAGACGCAUGGGCUGAAACUUGCUGUUAUUGGUCAUCAUGCCGAUGCUACACGUGAAAUGCUUGGGAAUUAUGAAGGCUACCCUUGUAAAUUUGUUUCACCUCUACAAGGGUUCGCAAAAGUGCUUUCAGAUCACUCACCAAGAAUUUCCCACGAACGAGGGUGUAGUGAUGCAGCUUGUGAGGAUCAAUUCUACAUUUAUGCUGCCAAAGAGGCUGCUGCACAAGCAGAUGCAGUUGUUUUAGUUCUUGGGAUAAGUCAAGCGCAAGAAAAGGAGGGACGCGAUCGAGACAGUUUACUCUUGCCGGGACGUCAAAUGGAGUUGGUUUCAUCUGUGGUUGAGGCCUCUGCUGGCCGCCCAGUUGUUCUAGUACUUCUCUCAGGAUCGCCAUUAGACGUCUCUUUUGCUAACGAUGACCCUCGCAUUCAAAGCAUUAUUUGGGCUGGUUAUCCAGGUCAAUCUGGUGGUGAAGCUAUUGCUGAAGCGAUAUUUGGCCUUGUAAAUCCAGGUGGUCGUCUAGCACAAUCAUGGUACUACGAAAAUUACACCAACAUUGACAUGUCCAACAUGAACAUGCGGCCUAACGCGUCCACAGGCUACCCAGGGCGAACAUAUCGUUUCUUUACUGAUACACCACUCUGGGAAUUCGGUCACGGUUUGAGCUACUCCGAUUUCAAGUACACCAUGGUUUCGGCGCCUCAAUCCAUUAUGGCUCCUCACUUACGUUACCAACUUUGUAGCUCAGAUAGGGCAGUUAUGACGUCUGAUCUUAACUGUCUUCACUAUGAGAAAGAGGCGUGUAAGGAAUCAAGUUUCCACGUGCGAGUAUGGGUGAUAAACCACGGUCCACUUAGUGGUGACCAUUCAGUGCUCCUGUUCUCAAAGCCUCCUUCAAGAGGCAUUGAUGGGAUUCCACUGAAGCAGCUCGUUAGCUUUGAGCGUGUGCACUUGGAAGCUGGAGCAGGACAAGAAAUACUCUUCAAAGUGAACCCAUGCGAAGAUUUGGGGACAGUCGGAGAUGAUGGAAUUCGUACAGUCGAACUAGGGGAGCAUACUCUCAUGGUCGGGAUGGUCCAGCACGUCUUGACUGUUGAGAAUUGGAGAGAGGGACAUGGAGAAUUAUAAGAGCUGACAAUCCAUGGAAGAAUAGCAUGAUGAACUCCAAUCUACUAUUGCACAUGUAACCUCUUGUUUUUCACUUCAGUGGAGACAUUUGUUAAAGAGCGCACCAUUGAGUGUGACUUGACAGGUAUAUAAAGAGAGCACUUCAAUAGAAAAAAAAUCACCAGGUCUGGUUUGGAUUGGAGUGCGUACGUGAAGCAACUCACCAGAUAAUUACUGUGUCUACCCAACUUGUAGGUAGCGGUAAGAUGAGGACCAAAGGUAACCUUCUAAUUAAAAUGAUAUCAUAUUUGUCUCCUGCUGAGAUGUGUAUUGUGAGAAUAUGGAUGUGGGCAUGGUAUGGAAGCACCUGUUGGGGACUUCAAUCCUUUUUGUAGUAAUCCUUCUGGAUUUAAACUUGUUUUAAUUCAUUAUACGUUGUAUUCUUAAAACGCUC